UCUGUAUUCUAUUCUACCCCUUUUAAGACUCAAGUCAAGAGACCCGAAGACACUGGACAUUUGGGCGCUACCUAGAGGCGCCCCUCUCUAUUCUUUUCUAGCCUUCUCCAUUUCAUCAACUCUCAAGUGCUAACUAUCAAGACUCAAUCAAGGGUAGAAUCUUGUAAUCAGAUCAAAUGGAGGCAAAGUAUUUUCGAAUCCUGAGGCUGUUAGGAACGGGUUAUAAAGCCAGAACUGAAGCAGAGGGGCGGUUGUUGUACCUGAAACUGGGUUACAGCCAUGAAGUUGAACUGUCAGUCCCACCUGCUGUUAGAGUCUUUUGCUUUAAACCAGACGUAAUUUGCUGUGCUGGGAUUGAUAAACAGAGAACGCAUCAGUUUGCUGCUACUGUUCGUAGUGUCAAACCUCCUAAUGCAUAUGUAAACCAAGGUAUGCGUUACAUUGAUGAAGUCAUAAAGUUGAAGCCUGGAAAGAAGGAUAGAUUGAAGUAAAAGAGGUUUUUGACACUAGCAGAAUAUGUUUCAAGUUGCUGUCUAGUCUAGAUCUUGGAGUGAGUUAACAUAACAUAAUUGCUUUUAAUUUACAAGCAAAAUUCUGAAAAUGGUGCUUGAAUCUCCUUGAUGACUUGAGCACUGCCUUAUCUUUGAAUUAAAUAUAGUGCAUGACACAUGUUCUGAGAUUAAUUUUGUACCUCUUUUCAAGAUGAAAUGUGUUUUGUUGUCCAAAGUUGGCUUGUAUUGUGCCAAUGCCAGCCUCUUUGUCAUGGGUUUUGUUUUUUGUCUUUCAACCACCAAAAUAGUUACUUGAUUUGGUUUCUUGUGAUACUUUCUUACCUAAAAUGCAUUUUUAUGACCAAUGUGGUUUGAAUGCUACGUGAUCUAUAUAA